GUUGGUAUAAAAGAAGGUUGAGUCUUUAUGUUUAAGCGAUAGAUCAGAAAAUAAGGCAGGAAAAUGACUUUGUUUGUUUGUACCUCUCAAGCAACAUUGCCAGAAUAAUUACGUUUCCUUUUUCAGUCUUCCGAUCUGGAUAGUUUUCCAACCAUGAGCACUACAUGUUUUUUCGGCAAAAAGAAGGCACCGACCGUAAUUCUCACAGAUCCGCAUAUUUCCGAUGUAUCAGAUGAAGACUUCAGUGACGGAGAAAAUAUUUCCCAAACAAAUGAGCUCAACGAUGAAGAAGAAGUACCUUCAGGACUUGACAACAUUGCAGUUCCCAUUGAGUAUUUUACAAAGUUUUUUUCAUUUGAUCUAAUAAAUAAAAUAGUCUAUCGGACAAAUCUUUAUAGUACUCAGCAACUUGGGUAAUGUAUUGAUACAAAUCCGUCAGAAAUAACGGAUUUUCUAUCUAUACUCUUGAUUAUGGAUGUAAUAAAACUUUCUGCCAUAGAAGAGUUUUGGGCAGCUAGUACAAGAGUAGAU